AUGCCUCAGUCCAAAUCUGCAGAGCCAGAGACUGAGUCUACAAUCACGGAGGCUCCGAGCGCAAUUACCCUCUCAAAUGGGGAACCAGAUGACUCCUACAAAGCUAAGGCGAAUGUGCUGAACCAGGCGAUCCAGGAGAUUGGCAUGGGUCGGUAUCAAUGGCAACUAUUUGUGGUGAUUGGAUUUGGCUGGGCGAGCGACAAUCUAUGGCCGAUCGUCACGUCAUUAAUUCUCCCACCCGUCGCGUAUGAAUUCAAAGUAUCCAAAAAACCUCUGUUCACUCUUGCGCAAAAUAUCGGACUCCUGGUGGGUGCGGUGUUAUGGGGCUUCGGAUGUGAUGUUUACGGUCGCAAGUGGGCAUUCAACUUGACUAUCGGCGUCACUGCGGUCUUUGGCUUGAUCGCAGCCGGAUCGCCCAAUUUCGGUGCUGCGUGUACAUUCGCAGCGCUGUGGUCUGUCGGAGUUGGAGGUAAUUUGCCUGUUGAUUCAGCCAUUUUCCUCGAGUUUCUACCCGGGUCGCAUCAAUAUCUCCUUACGGUUUUGUCGAUUGAUUGGGCGUUGGCACAAGUACUAGCUACCUUGGUUGCAUGGCCGUUGCUGGGAGACUUCACCUGUUCCUCCGCAGACGGGUGUACGAAGUCGAACAACAUGGGCUGGCGCUAUUACCUCAUUGCCAUGGGUGGACUGGCCAUGCUCAUGUUCCUCACUCGAUUUAUCUUUUUCACCAUUUACGAGUCGCCCAAGUAUCUCAUGGGGAAAGGCCAAAACGAGCAGGCAGUGAAAGUUGUACAUGAAGUGGCUAGACGGAAUGGAAAGACCUCAACGCUAUCGCAAAGUGAUCUCGACGAUCUCGAUCGAGGCCAACCGCAAGCGCUUGGAGCAACUACUAUUGUUCAACGGCGACUCGAGAAGCUCAAAUUUGAGCAUAUUCGCGCUCUAUUUGCUACUCCCAAGCAAGCACUGUCUACCAGCCUCAUCAUCUUCGUAUGGGCGUUUAUAGGCUUAGGCUACCCAUUGUACAACGCCUUUCUUCCCUACAUCCAAGAACAACGAGGUGCCGAAUUCGGUGACGGAUCAACAUACCUCACUUACCGCAACUCGCUCAUUAUUGCGGUCAUGGGGGUCCCAGGCUGUCUUCUCGGAGGGCUGCUUGUAGAGUUACCCAAGUUUGGGAGAAAGGGUGCUUUAUCCGUUUCAACUGCGCUGACUGGUGUGUUCCUCCUAUGUUCAACAACAGCAGUUACAUCCAACGCACUUCUUGGAUGGAACUGUGCUUUCAGCUUCAUGAGUAGUCUCAUGUACGCCGUCCUGUACGCGUAUACUCCAGAAAUCUUCCUGACCAAAGACCGUGGAACGGGAAAUGCGCUGACAGCCACUGCCAAUCGGGUGUUUGGCAUCAUGGCGCCAAUCGUCGCCAUGUAUGCUAAUCUCCAGACUUCGGCACCCGUAUAUGUGAGUGGGGCUCUGUUCAUCGCAGCUGGUCUUCUGGUCAUUUUGAUACCUUAUGAGUCGCGAGGGAAGGCGAGUCUUUGA